AAGUAAAGCAGGCUACCAGCAAUUCUGAGAGCCUGCAAAACCAGCUUGCAAGAAAAAUGAAGCUCCCUAUUUUUGUAGCAGAUGCAUUCACAACAAAAGCAUUUCGUGGGAAUCCUGCUGCUGUUUGCCUCUUAGAAAAUAAAUUGGAUGAAGACAUGCAUCAAAAAAUUGCAAGAGAAAUGAACCUCUCUGAAACUGCCUUUAUCCAAAAACUGCACCCAACUGACAACUUUACACAAAGUUCCUGCUUUGGAUUAAGGUGGUUUACACCGGUGAGUGAGGUCCCUCUCUGUGGCCAUGCUACCCUGGCUUCAGCAGCUGUGCUGUUUCACACAAUAAAAAACAUGAACAGCACUCUCACCUUUGUCACUCUGAGUGGAGAACUAAAGGCCAGAAGAGCAGAGGAUGGUAUCAUCCUGGACCUGCCUCUUUAUCCAGCCCACCCCCAGGACUUUCAUGAAGUAGCGGACUUGAUAAAGACUGCUAUAGGUGACACUCUAGUCCAGGACACCUGCUAUUCUCCAGAUACCCGAAAGCUCCUCGUACGGCUCAGUGACACUUACAGCAGGUCAUUUCUGGAGAACCUGAAAGUGAAUACACAGAAUCUCCCACAAGUGGAAAACACAGGGAAGGUGAAAGGACUUAUUCUCACCCUUAAAGGAGAGGCUGAUGGGCAGACCCAAGCAUUUGACUUUUACUCCAGAUAUUUUGCACCAUGGGUCGGUGUGGCUGAAGACCCUGUAACAGGGUCUGCACAUACUGUUCUCAGCAGCUACUGGUCUCAGCAACUGGGGAAGAAAAACAUGCAUGCUUUUCAGUGUUCCAGCCGAGGAGGAGAACUGGAGAUUUCACUGAGCCCUGACGGCCGAGUUGACAUUAGGGGAGGCGCUGCUAUUGUUUUAGAGGGCACACUGACAGCCUAGAAAGGUUGUCUGUGAUGCUGUUAUCCUUAAAUGACCAAGUAUUUUCUGCAUAAAAAGAAACAGAAGGGACUGCUGUUAGCAAACUUGCAUAGUAGUCCACUUAAUCCUCAUGUUAGCAAUAGAAAAAUAAAGACAUAUUAAUGGAAAUUUAA